AUGUCAGUCUACAAUGCCUCUGUCAUAGAAAUCUCCACUUUCUUUCUGAUUGGGAUCCCAGGGUUAGAGCAUGCUCAUAUUUGGCUCUCCAUCCCAAUUUGUCUAAUGUACCUUGUGGCCAUCAUGGGGAACUGCAUCAUCCUCUUUCUCAUAAAGACAGAGACUUCUCUGCAUGAGCCUAUGUAUUACUUCCUCUCUAUGCUGGCAUUUUCUGACUUAGGACUGUCCAUUUCUUCCCUUCCAACCAUGCUGAGAGCUUUCUUGCUCAAUGCCACAGAGAUUUCCUUAGAUGCCUGCUUUGCUCAAGAGUUUUUCAUUCACAUAUUCUCAGCUAUGGAAUCAUCAGUGCUUUUCAUCAUGUCCAUUGAUCGCUUUGUAGCUGUCUACAACCCUUUGAGAUACACCUCCAUCCUUACAGGCAGCAAGGUCUUUAAAAUUGGCCUAAUAUUUGCUGCAUUGUGUAUUACACUUAUUCUGCCAUUUCCUUUCACACUAAAGAGGUUGAAAUUCUGCAAGAAACGUCUCUUAUCUCAUUCUUACUGCCUUCACCAGGAUGUUAUGAAAGUAGCCUGUUCCGACAAUAGGGUCAAUAUGAUCUACGGAUUUUUUGUGGCUGUUUUAUCUCUGUUAUACUUGGUGUGCAUUUCUGUGUCUUACAUGCUGAUCCUUAAAAUUGUCCUGGGGAUUGCUUCACACAAGGGUCGCCUCAAGUUCUUUAACACUUGCAUCUCUCAUAUCUUUGCUGUGUUCAUCUUCUACACACCUAUUAUCACCUUGGCAGCCCUUCACCGUUUUGCUAAAAACGUUUCUCCAGUCAUUGGAGCCAUAAUAGCUGAUAUCUUCCUUCUGGCUCCACCUCUAAUGAAUCCCAUUGUAUAUUCUGUGAAAAGUCAGCAGAUUAGAAAUCUGAUCCAAAACAAAUUAUGUGAGAAACAUCGCUGGUGGGAAAUUCCAGCUUCCAUGAAAGCCCGUGUUAUAUCACUAUAUCUGAAUACAUGUAAACAUUGA